AUGUUGACAUAUCUUAUCAUAUCCUUGCUUGUAGCAAAUUGCGCGAGAGCGCACCCCGUCAAUGACCUUGAAAAAAUAUUUGACGAGAAUAUUUAUGCGCGUCUUUGGAGAACUGCUUUGACCGGGCCACCGCAGUCUGGUUCGGAGAGUGGUUGGCCACACUAUACCCAAGGAGCAUAUAACAACACGCCGCAUUCGAGCACUUCUGCAGGAGUGUACACCAAGGCUCAGGCUUCCGGUUGGACUUCAGGGUUCUUUCCUGAUGCACUAUGGCAGGCCUACCGUCGUCGCAAGGAGUUGUUGCCUCACAGUUAUGCAAAGGAGCCCUCAUUGAUUGAAUGGUUGGAUAUGGCCCAAGCGUGGACAGAACCACUCAAAAGCAAUAUCAACUUGACCUCGACCCACGAUCUUGGCUUCCUCGCAAAGCCUUUCGAGAGUGCCUUGCAGAUCACUGGAACAGAUGAGUAUCUCCCAGUACUAAGGAAUAUGUCCCUAAACCUCGGGAAUCGCUUCGUACCUGGUGCUGGGAUCAUCCGCUCCUGGGACUGUAGGGAUUACGUCUCAUCGACCUGCAGCCACGACGAUUCCGUCCUCGUUAUUAUUGACAAUAUGAUGAACCUGGCUUUGCUUGCACGGUCGGCUACAGAUUACACCCGCAACAUGACAUUGCUCGACAUCGCCAAAUCUCACGCCGAUAAGACAAUGGCCAACCACGUACGCCCGGAUGGCUCUUCGUUUCAUGUAUGCGACUACAGCGCCACUUCGGGUGACGUAUACCUUUGCCGGACAGCACAAGGUCUUGCCGACGAUAGCACCUGGUCGCGAGGCCAAGCAUGGGGCAUCUAUGGCUUUGCAGAAUUCUAUUCACUGACCAAGGACGUGGCUUAUGUGGAGACUGCCAUCCGCAUGGCCAACUGGUUCAUCGACCAUCUCCCCAACGAUGGCCUCCCCUUUUGGGACUUCAAUGCAGAGAACAUCCCCAGUAAAACACCCAGAGACAGCAGCGCAGCAACUAUCGCGGCCAGCGGGAUGCUUCUUUUGCAAGAGCAGAUUGAACUGAAGGGGUAUAAAGGCGCCAAAUAUGACUACCGUGCGAAAGCGGUGCGGCUUCUGAAGGCGUCUAUUGAACUUGCUUUCGCAGGGGAGAUCAGCUUUUCUGACAUGGGCGAACUGGGUGCCGAGACGUUUAUUGACACGCCUGCGAAUACUCCAGGGACUAAAGGUUUCGAGAGUAUUAUGCUACAUGCUACAAGCAAUAAUAACCCCAAGGUUCCUAAUCGGAAUUUUGACACUGGUCUUAGCUACGGUGAUUUUUAUCUGGUCGAGGCUGGGAAUAGGCUGUUGGAGUCCAAGCCAGAGAAGACUUUGGUUGAUGCACUGUGA